CUGUACUCUCUACUCUUCCUCGCAUCACGAGCUGCUCCACCUAACGGGAAGCAACGACGGCUGCUUAAUCUUUCAUUGGGGAAAAAAAAGGGUGAAAGGCGAGACGAAAACGUAAAAACUUGUGUUCGCCUCCAGCCAAGAUGAUCCACAGCCUGUUCCUAAUCAACGCCUCGGGGGACAUUUUCCUGGAGAAGCACUGGAAGAGCGUGGUCAGCCGCUCCGUAUGCGACUACUUCUUUGAGGCACAGGAACGUGCCACUGAGCCGGAGAAUGUCCCACCAGUGAUACCCACACCGCAUCACUACCUUAUCAGUGUGCUCAGGCAUCGCAUCUACUUUGUCGCAGUCAUCCAGAGUGAAGUGCCACCGCUAUUUGUCAUCGAGUUUCUGCACAGAGUCGUCGACACGUUCCAGGACUAUUUCGGAGUGUGCACAGAGGCUGCUAUUAAGGACAAUGUGGUCGUCGUCUAUGAACUACUAGAGGAAAUGCUGGAUAAUGGCUUUCCGCUGGCCACUGAGUCCAACAUCCUCAAAGAGCUCAUUAAGCCUCCUACCAUCCUCCGCACAAUGGUCAACACCAUCACAGGCAGCACCAAUGUUGGUGAGCAGCUCCCCACAGGCCAGCUGUCAGUGGUGCCAUGGCGACGCACUGGAGUCAAAUACACCAACAAUGAGGCCUAUUUUGACGUGGUGGAGGAGAUCGAUGCUAUCAUCGAUAAGUCAGGCUCCACUAUUACAGCGGAAAUUCAGGGAGUUAUUGAUGCCUGUGUAAAACUGACAGGCAUGCCCGACCUCACUCUCUCAUUCAUGAAUCCUCGGCUGCUGGAUGACGUCAGCUUCCACCCGUGUGUUCGGUUCAAGCGCUGGGAAGCUGAGCGGAUCCUCUCCUUCAUCCCCCCUGAUGGAAACUUCCGGUUGCUCUCGUACCACGUCAGCUCUCAGAACCUGGUGGCGAUCCCAGUGUACGUCAAGCACAACAUCACCUUCAGAGAGGGAAGCUCCCAGGGACGUUUUGACUUGACUCUGGGACCCAAACAGACCAUGGGCAAGUCCGUGGAGUCGGUCCUAGUCAGCAGCCAGCUGCCCCGGGGCGUCCUGAACGCCAACCUCAACCCCUCCCAGGGAACAUACACCUUUGACCCAGUCACAAAGAUGUUGUCAUGGGAAGUUGGCAAGAUCAACCCACAGAAGCUUCCCAGCCUGAAAGGCACCAUGAGCCUGCAGGCCGGGGCCUCCAAACCUGACGAGAACCCCACCAUCAACAUCCAGUUAAAGAUCCAGCAGAUGGCCAUCUCAGGGCUGAAAGUGAAUCGACUGGACAUGUACGGUGAGAAGUAUAAACCUUUCAAAGGCAUCAAAUACAUGACGAAGGCUGGCAAGUUCCAGGUGCGGACAUAAAGACUACUGCUCUGUGACUACUGGACCAAACCACCAUGAGACUGACGGGUGAUGUGACAUGGAAGGGGAGUUGCUACAUUCCCUGUGUAUAUGCAUUUCAGGUUUUGACACAUUGGAGGCUCCAUGUAGCAGUUAAGAAUGGACCAUUGCACAUAGAAACCUCUGUAAGUAAAACUGACCUGUUAGCUUCGAGUCAGCAACAGUUUCCAUCAAGCUGAACCAAACCCAGCUUGAUUUAGAUUCCUCUUCUUUAUCUGUACUGUAACAGCUCCACUGAUCAUUUUAAUCAUGAGCCCAAACCAAACCCAAGCACUUACAAGAGAAGUUUGUGUUAUACAUGCUUCAUCAAGUUUAAACAUUUCAAGCUCUAACAAACGAUCUGAUGCUGCACUGCUCCAGCUGUAGGUAUUCACCUUUCCACGCAGUAUUUCAUUGUGUAUGGCAUGUUUGUGUGGGUAGAUGUGUGCUGGUGACUGUUUUUACAAACAACAUAUUGGACCAAUAGUAUAUCAAAAUUGAGCUUCUCCUAUAAUAAACUGUUUCCCAUGUCAAAGGACCGCUAAGAUAAAACAAUAGCAUACGGUGUGUUUCCAUCAUCAGUUGGUGGAUCAAUAAAAGCAAAAUGCGACAAGUGCAUUGGAAACCGAUUUAGGGAAUAAAUAAUGGCGUGCAUGAAGCAUGUGACUUCAACGUCCACUGAAGCUUCUGCUCCACUGAGACUACAAAUGUUCUCCUCAUCGCUCCACACAGAUCUGAUGUCACCUUCCUCACAUUAAUACAUGAAGCUAACACACACGUCAUAUUUCCAUCUGUUUUUCAACAUUGUUUUUCACAGUUUGAGGUCUGACUGACGCUCUUUUAAUUACGUCUUUCUUGUUGCGCCCUCUUCUUCUGUAAUGACAGAAUUGGUGCCCCCCACUGUGUAUCUCCACAAACCAACUCCUGAUCAUUCACAAUUUUUUUUGGGGACGUUUACAAAAUUUAGUACACAUUUAGAUGGAAACCUGACUAUUGUCUUCCAGCACUAGUUUAUUUGAUCGGCUGACGCUGUAACAGACUAAACUAAGUAUUUAUCUCUAAACCAGUAAGACCAGUAAAGUUCUAUUCUUUGUGUUUUCUUCACAACCUGCUCCUGAAUAUUAUGUUUCUCUGAGCCUCUUUAAGUGUCGUCAUUGCAACAUUCCCAGUGAAACUUGAUCUCACUGUAUUUCUGAUCAUCCUUCUUCCUCCUGUCGAGUGUUUCUAAUUCAUUUCUCAGUAUUCGUCUGUUUUCCUGCUCCUCUUCUCUUUUUGUAAAACCUUUGCUGAUGAUUUGGUCUGCAACACUGGAGUCAGCACACUGACAUACGAGUGUGACACUGGAGCCGUCCUCAGUCGUGCACUUUCACAUCUGCUGGUACUCACGUUUCCUUUUGAUGCAAGUGACAUUGCUUUAGCUGUUUGAGCUAUUUAUUACCAUGAAGGUUUCUGGGAGAAUUUCAGGUUCACCUGUUUUAUUCUAUUAUUUAUUAAACGAAACAAAAGAUCUAUUGCUUAAGUAAUGUCUUGUGUUAAACUGUUUUCUAUCCAUGCAGCGUACUUUCAUUACAUUCUUUUUAAAAGCUUUAACUCCAAAGGAGCUUCUAAUUGAACCACAUUAUGACCAAACAUAUAGAAACACUUGGCCAAGAACAAUAAUUUUGAUCCUGUACAUUUGGUGCUGAACACUAUGGUCUAAAUUAUCCAAGAAAUAAUAUUUCUCAAAAACUAUAUUAAGCUCUGUAUUGUGGUAUAAUGGCCAGGUACCUCAAGAAAUGUUUGCAGCUUUCCGUUUGUGUUUGUUUAACAGCCUCGAUGGAGUGUUAACAUGGUGUAAAAAUAAAGAUGUGAUGUGUUAUAACUGA